CACGCUAACUGUGACAUACUGAUAUUUACUACAUAGUAAAAAAAUUCCCAAUACCUCCGAUUCAGAAUUACAACCAGGAGGCUUGUACAGUUUGUAAGCUGUUUACAAUGGUCUGGAUCCCCUAAACAUGGCCUACUUUAUAACAUCUGCCUUGGGUGCUGAGGUGGAGGAGCGGCUGGUGAGUCACCUGUUGUCAGCAGAGCGCUACAACAAGCUGAUCAGACCAGCUGUCAACAACAGCCAGCAGGUCACCAUUUACAUCCAGGUGUCUCUAGCCCAGUUGAUCAACGUGAAUGAGCGGGAGCAGAUCAUGACAACCAACUGUUGGCUCAGUCAGGUAUGGAAUGACUACAGAUUAAUGUGGGACCCUGAAGAGUACGAGGGAAUCAAGAAAAUCCGGCUCCCGUCACAACACAUCUGGCUGCCAGACAUCGUACUCUACAACAAUGCUGAUGGGACGUAUGAAGUCUCCUUUUACUCCAAUGCCGUGGUCUCCAACAACGGCGAAGUGGCCUGGCUCCCACCAGCUAUCUACAAGUCGGCCUGCAAAAUCGAAGUCCGUGAUUUCCCAUUUGACCAGCAGAACUGCACCCUCAAGUUUCGCUCCUGGACCUACGACCACACUGAGAUUGAUCUCAUCCUCCUUAGUGAUUUUGCCUCACGUGAUGACUUUAAACCCAGCGGUGAGUGGGAUAUAGUUUCACUGCCUGGACGCAAGAAUGAAGACCCUAAUGACAUCAAGUACCUGGAUAUCACCUAUGACUUUAUUAUCAAAAGAAAGCCUCUGUUCUAUACCAUUAACCUGAUCAUUCCCUGCAUCCUGAUCACGUCACUGGCUAUUCUGGUUUUCUACCUCCCGUCAGACUGUGGUGAGAAGAUGACUCUCUGUAUCUCUGUCCUCUUGGCGCUGACUGUGUUUUUACUCCUUAUCUCAAAGAUUGUGCCACCUACGUCUUUAGCUGUGCCUCUGAUUGGGAAGUACUUGAUGUUUACGAUGGUGCUCGUCACCUUCUCCAUCGUCACCAGCGUUUGUGUGCUCAAUGUGCACCAUCGGUCCCCCAGCACGCACACCAUGCCUCCUUGGGUCAAGCGCGUCUUCCUGUACCGGCUCCCCUCUUACCUCUUCAUGCGGAGACCCGGUAGCUCCAACAUCCGAGAGAGGUUCCGGAAAAAACACCAGCAGCGAUCGUACUCUGACCAGAAGCUGCGUGGAGCAGACGGAGGGACUGGUGGUGCUGCACGAAUGCCAGAUUCCUCCUCAUCCUUCUUUGUGAACGAGGAGUCAGCCAAACGCUACGGCUAUAAGAUCAGAGACUUGUCAGAGAACACAGACUUCAGGAAGAGGAUGACGCUCAAGAGCAACAUUGACGUGGAGGAUGCAGUGGAUGGAGUACGCUACAUCGCUGAGAAGAUGAAGAGUGAGGAUGAUGAUGAAGGGAUUAUUGAGGACUGGAAGUACGUGGCCAUGGUGAUCGACCGUCUCUUCCUGUGGAUCUUUGUGCUGGUGUGUGUGGUCGGGACUUUGGGCCUCUUCAUGCAGCCUCUGUUCCAGAGUUACAACACGCCCAUUCUUGAUGACAUGGAUCAUAAAUGAAAACUGAAACCAGAACUUUGAUCUCAACAUGACCCAGACAUGAACUCUGAGUCCCCCCAGAAACAGAGCUCUGACAACAUUUUAAUACAUUUACUCACACUUGUGCCCCGCACCACAUUAUCACUGGGAAAUGAUAAUUAUGAACUUUAGCCCUCUUCCACAUCCUGCUCCUUCCUUACUUCCACCCCUUGCCCUCUUCAUUCUCUAUCCUCUGAUCCACUCAUCUGUCAUUCACAGAGGAACUUGGCUUUAUUUAUUUCAGUUAACUUAAUGGAUUUAAUGAUGGUCUGUAACAACUUGUGUUUUGGCCAUCGUUAAACAGGCAGAUGAAGAAUCAUAGAGAUCAUUAUGUUAAACGAGGAGACCUAGAUACGUGGCAACAUUGCUGGUCAACUGAAUAGGGGAUGCUACACGCUAUGUGCCCCAACCACUCGGUUACCAGGACACCCCCAGAUUAGCCAAACUUUGGAAGAUAAAACAAAGCCAUUUAUUCCAAAAAUGUCUGAUGUAAAAUGUAGACUUUGGUGUGUUCAAUGAUAUCAUAAUCAAAAUAAUUAAUGGCCAAAACUACAGAAACAAGAGCCAAGUUAUAAUAAACCAGAAUUACCUUUCAGUUCAAAAUGUGAAGUGGAACCACUUGUCAGCCAUGAUGCUCUUUCUUGA